AUGUUUCAGCUCUCCACCCGAGCCAUCCUGCUCGGAUGCAUGACUACUGCACAGCUCGUUGCCGCCAGCGGACCACCGGACUUUUCGACUUACCAAUACUCAGAUGCACCACCAAUCGACUUUGAAUCAAGCUACGACUUCUGCGUCGUCGGCGGAGGGACCGCCGGCUUGGUUCUCGGAAACCGUCUCACCGAGAGCGGCAAAUUCAAUGUCAUCGUCUUCGAAGCGGGUCCGACUCCAGACUCCGUGCCAACGUCUUUGACUGCCGGUGGAAACCAAUUCCUUCUCAAUGGGGGUCGAAGCUUGAUCGACUACAACUUCGUCACAGUGCCGCAGCCCGGUUUGAAGAACCGCACGCUGAACUACCACCGCGGUCGAUGCUUGGGCGGCAGCAGCGCUACCAAUGGCCUGUACUACGGCCUCGGAAGCACGGGAGUCUACGAUCAAUGGGAGGCCGAUGGCAACCCAGGAUGGAAUGCGUCUACCAUCUUUUCCGCAGCAAAGCAGGGUACCGUCUUUGUUGGCAACCCGAAGAACAGCAACGACCCUACAUACAUGACCUGGAACCCGGACAACUACGGCACAGAAGGACCUCUCAAGAUCGGUUUCCAAGGCUAUGUUCCAGCCUCCAACCCUGGUUUCAUGAACGCCACCGCCGCAAUCGGCAUCCCCGCAACUGUUGUACGGAUCAUCUUCGACGAGGCGACCAUCGGGACGGACGAAGCUCAUGCUGUCGGAGUGACCUUCGUCGAGGCAGGCAUCUUCCACAACAUCUCUUGCUCGAACGAGGUUAUCGUGUCGGCGGGCGCUUUCCACAGUCCUUUCCUCCUCAAGCAAUCUGGUAUCGGGCCGCAAGACGAGCUGGACAAGUACGGCAUUCCGGUAGUCGUGGUCAACGAUCUCACUGUGCUCAAUGAGGAACAACGAAAGUUCUACAGCACCGCCGACCCAUUCGAGAAGGCAAAGAGCAAGUGGUCUGCACCAUCGGGCUGCACAAACGCAUUCCAGGAGAUCUCCAACGAUGAACUCAAGCAGAUCGGCGCCGGUGCCGUGGUCGAUGCAGGUUUCCUCCAUCAAGCCCACAACGAGAUCCUCUACGAGAGCGUGUGGUAUCCACAAGCUUUCAACGAGUACGGACAACCUCUGAGGAACACAUCAUACAUCUCCUUGACCGUGUCGAACCUCGCGGCUUUGUCAAAGGGCAGUGUUACCGUAGGCAGCAACUCUGCACUCUCUGAUCCGGUCAUCAAUCCGAACUACCUCAACGAGACUGCCGACCAAGCUAUGGCAGUCCAAGGUGUCAAGUACCUACGACAAAUCGGCGAGCACCCAGCCUGGAAGCAAUGGGUCCAAGAGGAGGUGUCACCAGGUCCAGCCGUCCAGAGUGACGAGGAUAUUUUGGAGUACGCCCGAACCUCCAUCAUUCCCAACUGGCACGCAUCGAGCACUUGCCGCAUGCUUCCCAAGGAGAAGGGUGGCGUCGUCGACAACAAGCUCCGCGUGUAUGGGACAAAGGGUCUUCGUGUCUGCGAUGUGUCCACCUUUGGUCGCUUGCCGGACGUGAACCUGGUGGGCCCAGUUUAUGCUGUCGCCGAGCGUGGUUCGCAGAUCAUUCGUGAAGAAUAUGGAGACUUGUGA